AGAUCCUGGAAUGGUCCCCAGAAAUUUAAAGCCUCAAGAAGCAGAUGAAGCAUUGGAAGUAACAACACAAUCAAUGGAAUGGGUUAAUGGUAGAACCCCUCACAUGAAAUUACUUAAAGAUGUGAUUGUGAAUGGCCACUCAGUAAAAGUGAAGUUUUGUGACACUUGUUUGCUCUAUCGUUCUCCUCGUGCUUCCCACUGUUCAAUAUGCAGCAACUGUGUUCAGAUAUUUGAUCAUCACUGUCCAUGGGUUGGUCAAUGCAUUGGAAAUUUGAAAUACGCAACUAUCGGUUGUUCAUCAUGUUUAUAUCAACAGCAACUAUUUUGUGCUCUUAUGUCUUUGUUUUUUCAUGGAUCAACAUUCUCGAAAAAGAGAAGAAUAUCUGGAAGGCCACGUCACAUGAUGUACUGUCAGAUUUGCUCAUAGUCUACUGCUUUCUGGCUGUGUGGUUUGUUGGUGGCCUUCCAUUUUUUCCAUUUAUAUUUGAUUUGCAAAAACCAGGUGACUUUCUUUC